CAUACCCAUUCGGUAACGGAAGAGUGGAAAGCAAACAAACUAUCACCAAACAAACCCCACCUCGCCGUCUCCGGCGAUCGCCGCCGCCGCCGCCGCGCUGCCUUUAACACCAGCCUUGCCCUUUCCCCAUUUAGGACUCCCGUACUCUCAUGCUUCCCACCCCAUGGCCAACCACAUUUCCCUCCCCCUCCGCCUGCCGCAUCCACCAUCUCCUCCUCCUCGCCCUCAUCGCCGCCGCAUCGGGGAACCCUAGCCCCCCCGGGGUUCACGAUCGGGGGGACCCGGACGCGGACGCCUACUCGGUCCUCAUGUUCCACGACUACACGCCGCCGCCGCCCCCAGCGCUGCCGCCGCCGCCGGCCGCGCCGGCGGCGACCUGCGCCGGCGACCUGGGCGGCGUGGGCGACCUCGACACCCGCUGCGUGGUCCCCGCUUCCGUGCGCCUGGGAGGCGGCGGCAUCUUCAUCAGCGGGAAUGGCAGCCUCCAGCUCCUCGACGGCGUCGCCGUCACAUGCCAGAUGCCAGGGUGCGUCGUCUCCGCCAAUCUGUCACGCGACAUCCGUUUCGGCCGUGGAGCCCGCAUCGUGGCCGGGUGGGUGUCUCUCGCGGCCACCAACAUCACUCUCGGCGACGACGCCGUCAUCGACACCACUGCGCUUGCCGGCACCCCGCCGGAUAAGACCAGCGGCGAACCCACCGGGACGUAUGGGGAUGGUGGUGGGCACGGCGGUCGUGGUGCCAGCUGCUAUGUCAAGGAGGGGCAAGCUCAAGAGGACUCUUGGGGCGGCGAUAUAUACGCCUGGGCUGAGCUUAAGACCCCGCAUAGCUAUGGGAGCAAAGGGGGGUCGACUAGCGUCGAGGAGGACUACGGUGGUGGCGGUGGCGGAGUAGUGUGGUUGUUUGCAGAGGAGGAGAUCGUCAUGAAUGGAACAGUUCUUGCCGAUGGCGGAGAUGGUGGCACCGAUGGAGGGGGCGGCUCUGGGGGAAGCAUCUAUCUUAAGGCUGCAAUCAUGCAAGGAGGUGGCAAAAUAAGUGCCUGUGGAGGCAAUGGUUUGUCUGGGGGAGGUGGAGGACGUGUUUCUAUUGAUGUUUUCAGUAGGCAUGAUGACACUCAUUUUUUUGUUCAUGGUGGGAGGAGUUCAGGAUGUUCGGAAAAUGCAGGUGCAGCUGGAACACUAUAUGAAGAAGUACCUAAGAGUAUUACUGUUAGCAAUAAUAACAUGAGCACACAAACGGAUACAGUUUUUUUAGACCCGCCAGACGAGCCACUCUGGACAAAUGUUUUUAUCAAGAAUCAUGCAAAAGUUUCUCUGCCCCUGCGCUGGAGUCGUCUUCAGGCUCAAGGACAAAUUAGUCUUAUAUCUCGGUCCACUCUAACUUUUGGCCUGACACAUUAUCCGUAUUCAGAAUUUGAACUGCUGGCUGAGGAACUUCUUAUGAGUGAUUCCACAGUACAGGUCUUUGGUGCUCUGCGAAUGUCUGUAAAGAUGCUCCUUAUGUGGAACUCUAGGAUGGUUAUUGAUGGUGGCAGAGAUUCAGGAGUUGCAACUUCUUUAGUGGAAGGUAGCAAUUUGAUAGUUUUGAGGGAAUCAUCAGUGAUACAGUCUAAUGCUAAUCUUGGAAUUCAUGGUCAAGGCAUUCUAAAUCUAUCUGGAAGUGGAGACAUGAUUGAGGCACAACGUCUUAUUUUAUCACUGUUCUACAACAUAGUGGUUGGACCUGGAGCUGUUCUACGCGGCCCACUUACAAAUACGAGCAGUGAUAAUGCGGCCCCAAAGCUGAAUUGUGAAAAUGAGAGUUGUCCUACAGAAAUUUUUCAUCCUCCUGAGGAUUGCAAUCUGAAUUCUUCAUUAUCCUUUACUCUACAGAUAUGCCGUGUUGAAGAUAUUGAUGUUUCUGGCCUUGUGCAAGGAACUGUCAUUAAUUUCAAUAGAGCGAGAAAUGUCACCGUGCAGCAACGUGGGAGCAUUAGUGCAACGGGAUUAGGUUGCCGAGGUGGAAUUGGACGAGGAGGAAUGUUAAGCAGUGGCCUUAGUGGCGGGGGUGGGCAUGGUGGUAAAGGGGGAGAUGGUUUUUACAGUGGCAGUCAUGCAGGAGGUGGAGCUGCAUAUGGUAGUGCUGAUUUACCUUGUGAACUUGGCAGUGGAAGUGGUAAUGUCAGUACGACAUCUUCAACGGCUGGUGGUGGUAUAAUAGUGAUGGGGUCUUUGGAGCAAUCUCUGCCUAUUCUCUCCGUAUCUGGUUCAGUGGAGGCAAAUGGUGGUAGUUUCACUGGCAUGGCAACUAAUGCUUCAAAUGGAGGACCUGGUGGUGGUUCUGGGGGCACAAUUCUUCUAUUUGUGAGGACUUUAUCCCUAGAGAAGAACUCUGUACUUUCUAGUGUUGGUGGGGUUGGAAGCAAUUGUAGCGGUGGAGGUGGAGGUGGUCGCAUUCACUUCCACUGGUCUGACAUUCCCACUGGAGAUGACUAUGUUCCUUUUGCAACUGUUAAGGGAUCAAUACUUGCAAGAGGAGGAGUUGUUGAAGGCCAAGGUUUUCCUGGUGAGAAUGGCACUGUUACAGGAAAAGAUUGUCCGGCAGGUCUUUAUGGUACAUUUUGCAAGGAGUGUCCUUCAGGAACAUACAAGAACAUUACUGGGUCUUCUAAGUCCUUGUGUUCUCCAUGCCCUACAAAUGAGCUCCCUCAUCGGGCUGUAUACAUUAAUAUCCGAGGAGGUGUUGCUGAAACCCCAUGCCCGUACAAAUGUGUGUCAGAUAGAUAUCGAAUGCCUCACUGCUUUACUGCUCUCGAAGAGCUGAUAUAUACUUUUGGUGGACCUUGGUUGUUUGGCCUGCUUCUCUCAGGCCUUCUAGUUUUAUUAGCUCUUGUUUUGAGUAUUGCUCGAAUGAAGUUUGUUGGCACUGAUGAGUUUCCUGGACCAGCACCAACUCAACAUGGCUCCCAAAUUGAUCACUCUUUUCCUUUCCUUGAAUCACUGAAUGAGGUAUUGGAAACCAACAGGGCCGAAGAAUCUCACUGCCAUGUGCACAGGAUGUUUUUCAUGGGUCCAAACACCUUCAGUGAACCUUGGCAUCUUCCGCACACUCCGCCGGAGCAGAUUACAGAGAUUGUAUAUGAGGAUGCAUUUAAUAAGUUUGUCGAUGAGAUCAAUGCUCUGGCAGCUUAUCAGUGGUGGGAAGGAUCAAUUUGUAGUAUCCUGUGUAUACUUUCCUACCCUUUGGCAUGGUCUUGGCAACAGUGGCGCAGAAGGAAAAAGUUACAAAGACUACGUGAGUUUGUUCGAUCUGAAUAUGAUCAUUCAUGCUUACGGUCCUGCCGUUCACGUGCACUUUAUGAAGGGCUGAAGGUGGCAGCUACUCCAGAUUUAAUGCUAGGUUAUUUGGAUUUUUUCCUUGGUGGUGAUGAGAAGAGGCCCGAUCUCCCUGCUAGUCUUCAUCAAAGGUUUCCAUUGUCCUUAAUUUUUGGCGGUGAUGGAAGCUAUAUGGCUCCAUUUUCACUUCACAGUGAUAGUGUGGUCACAAGUCUUAUUAGCCAGGCUGUACAAUCAUCAAUAUGGCACCGUCUAGUUGCUGGAAUGAACGCCCAAUUGCGUUUGGUUCGCCGUGGAAAUUUGAAAGCAACAUUUCUUCCUGUGCUCAAAUGGCUUGACACUCAUGCAAAUCCUGCCUUGAACACAUACCGUGUACGUGUUGACCUUGCAUGGUUUCAAGUUACUGCAUUAGGGUACUGUCAAUAUGGUCUUGUUAUUCAUUCUCUGGGGGUAGAAGCAGUGGUUUCUGAACUUCAAGGUGGCUCUGGAGUAAAAUUUGAUCAACCUUCACAAAACCACAAUGUAAAUGCCGACUCUCAACUAGGCCACUCGAGGAGCAAUGAUGCUUAUAUGUGUAAAGGAAUAACCGGCGGGGUUCUCUACAGUGACAACUUAAUGGUGCUUAAAGACAGGAGUGAUUUGUUUUAUCCUCUGUCUCUUCUCUUGCACAAUACUAAACCAGUUGGACAUCAGGAUCUUGUUGGUUUGGUCAUUUCAAUAUUGCUUCUUGCAGAUUUUAGCUUAGUAUUACUAACGUCUCUCCAGCUAUAUUCUUACUCCAUGGUUGAUCUUUUGUUAGUCUUGUUUGUUCUUCCUCUUGGGAUACUGGCACCAUUUCCUGCUGGGAUAAAUGCUCUCUUUAGUCAUGGCCCACGUCGCUCAGCAGGCCUUUCUCGGGUGUAUGCGUUGUGGAACAUUACAUCACUGGUUAAUGUUGUCGUGGCCUUUCUAUGUGGAUUUAUGCAUUAUAAGUCGUCAACGAAAAAACACCCAAGCAUGCAGCCUUGGAGUUUGGGCGGGGAUGAAACUAGCUGGUGGUUAUUCCCAGUUGGGCUUGUGUUGUGUAAAUGCAUCCAAGCAAGGCUCGUCGAUUGGCACGUCUCGAUUCUAGAGAUCCAGGAUCGCGCGGUAUACAGCAAGGACCCAGCUAUAUUCUGGCAGUGAUGCAAUUUGGAUCGCUGGAAUGCUCAUGGGAGCUCUUCUGCAACUUGAGUUUUUGGGAGUUGAUAAAAGGAAGGCUAGAAAGUUUAGUCCGUUCUUUGUCGACCCGAAAGAGAGCAAGCAACUAGAAUGCAUGGUUAUAGUCCACCGUUCAUCAAUCUUGUGCAGUCAUAAAUUUUCCCCCUUGUAGAUAAAAGAAGGUUUAACUGAUCCAUUCGUUGUAGGAUUUAGACAUCAUAUAGGCUUACAAAUUUACAUGAGCUAAUAACCGGUAGAUAGAGGUAGCGGGAAUUUUUUAGCUCUUAAUUUAUUCUCAGUCUCCUGCCUUGAUAUUGAGGUGGGUAAGGGCAAAGCAUCAAGUAUGAAACCACCUCUGUGUUGAUAAACACAAAAAGCUACCCUGUUUCAUAA